UCAAUUUUCGCGCAUCGCCUGUUGUCGGGUCGAGCAUGAGCGAGCCAACAACCAACCAUUUCUGAAGCCGGGACUCACCCGGUCGCCAAAACUUACAACUAUUUAAUGAAUGACCUUGAUGAUAAUGGUCGUCUUCGCUUCUCGGCCAACCCACGCAUGCGUCUUCUCCGCUUUGCAGAGGUGGCGCAGAGCUAAUUCAAAGUUAUGUUCGUUGGGGAAAGGUUUUCUACCCUUUAUCUUCUUGGAAUCAGUCGAGCAAAGACAACGGCUUGACUAUUUCGGCCUGUAUUCUACAUGCUUUACUCUGCUUCGUGCUGUCUCUUUUGCUCCGCUGGCUGCGGGAUCUCGACAUAUGUUUCAUUUUUUGAAUUGUCUAUAAACGGGAGGUCAACGUAAAUGUAAUCAUGGUUAUGUGUGUUUUCUUAUCAUUGAUCCUUCCUUACCUGUAUAUACUUGAAUACCUUUCGGACUUCACUAAUUUUGAAAUGUGCAA